UAAUCAGUCGGCGGGCCAGGUUAGGGUUACACCCGCGGCCUGCCUGUUUGCGUCCGGCGCAAACUUCCGUCGUCGACGCUUUUUUUCGGAUCGCCUUCCGUGGCCUGCGCUUCAGCGACGUCUCGUCGUCGUGGUUGGCGCUUAGCGGCGUGGCAAGAACCAGCCAGCCUGUCCGCGCCGCCAUGGGACCGUCAAGGACGAAGUGCAUCUUGAUCGUGACCCUUCUCGUCGCAUACGGUAUCACCAAUGGCCAUGGAGAAGUGGCGGAAGAGGGCGCUGGGUCGCCGUUACCGGCCGACGACGCUCGUCCGUUGACGGCGGUGGAAAGAAGCCCACAGGAUGGCGUCACGAUCGAAGAUGGCCGGGAGGAGCCUGCUGAAGGACAGAACGGAGGCGCGCAGGACAUCGCUCAGGGCGACAUGGCCGUGGCCGAGGAAAGAUCGGGCAGGCCGUACGCCGUCGUGCACAAGGCGCCGCCGCUGCCGCUGCACCAACACCACGAGCGGAAGCCGCAGCCGCUGCACCCUCACCCACCCCCGCCGCCUCCGCCGCCACCUGUGGUACGCGCCGUGGCCGUCAAGCAUGGCUCACGCACUAUUCUACCCGUACCGCACCACCCUCCGCCGCCUGUUGCCAUGCCGAAGCCGCCUCGUCUGCACAUCAAGUUGCCGCCGCCGCCCCCUCCACCCCCGCCUCCACCCCCGCACGCCGGCAAGCCCAUGGCGGCCGCUGUGCGUCCGGGACACGGCCGGCCGCGCAAGCUGGACAAGGAGCAGAAGCGCCUGCUGCCGGUGCGCUGCAACCACAACGCCCGCUACCGCACCCACGACGGGUCGUGCAACAACCUGCGCUACCCUUGCUGGGGACGCGCCGGGGAGUCGUACGGGCGCCUGCUCAAGCCCGACUACUCGAACGGCGUAUGGGGCACACGAAAAGGCAGCUACGGCCGCAAGCUGCCGAACCCUCGGCUGGUGUCCAUGGCUCUUUCCGGGUCCGCGUGGCAGUCGAGCGACACCGAGUACAGCUACCACUCGGACUUGAUUGUGCACUUUGGCCAGCUGCUGGCCCAUGACGUCACUUCCUCUGCCACGUUCACCACCACGCAGGUCGUCGACGGCAAGGUCACCAAGGCCCCGCCCAAAUGCUGCGGCAAGGGCGUCAAGCCUCACCCGGAGUGCUGCCAGGUGAAUGUGGACCACAAGGAUGAGUUCUACCCGAUGGGCCACUGCAUGGACAUGGUCCGUUCGAGCUCAUACAACGCGAGCCGCACUGCCUGCCCCAGGAACAGUCCAGGGGAUUAUAGGGAGCAGAUAAACGAGGUGACGUCAUUCAUCGACGCCAGCGUCGUUUACGGCAGCAGUGAGGAGGAGGCCAAGAAGCUUCGCAGCGACGAUGGAAAGGGAGCCAAGAUGAAAGUGGACAAAUCUAGCUUGUACAUUCCCAAAGGCCUGCUGCCACGUAAGAGCGACGGGGAGUGCUUCAGCUACAUGCCUGGAUGCGAUAAGCAGUGUUUUAUGGCCGGGGACCAGCGUGCGUCGCUGACGCCCGUGAUUGCUUCGCUGCAGACGCUGCUGGUGCGCGAGCACAACCACAUCGCCGACGAGCUCAAGAAGAAGGGCUGGCCCGACGAGAAGGUCUACAAUGUGGCCAGGAAGAUGGUCGGCGCCUGCCUGCAGGUCAUCACGUACAAGGAGUACCUGCCGCACAUCCUCGGUCCCGGCAUCAUGGAGGACUACCGGCUGUCGAUCCCGACGGCGCACUACUACUACAACGAGACGCUGAACCCGUCGCUGCUCAACUGCUACGCGACGGCCGCCAACCGGGUCUCGCACGCCGCGGUGGGCACCAAGUUCCACCGCGAGGGCCAGAAGUGCUUUCACACGUCGCGCGUCUCCUACGACCUGAACACGCUCGACGACUUCUGCAAGCCCAAGACGGACCCCGUGCGCUCGCUCAUCAUGGGCGCCGCCUACCACAACAUGCAGCACCAGGACACCGUCUACAGCAAGGAGAUCACGAGGUACCUGUUCGCCAACCCGCCUAACCAGUUCGGCAAGGACCUCCUGUCGCUGGACGUGAACCGCGGCCGAGACCACGGGCUGCCUUCGUACUUGCACUACCGAGUGCUCUGCGGCCUGAAGCCCGUCUACUCCUUCGACGACUUCAAGAAGGAGAGCAAGUCCUACGACGCCGUGAACAGGCUCAAGGCCGUCUACGGGAACUAUUUCGAGGACCUGGACUUGAUUGCGGGCCUGGCGCUGGAGACGCCCGUACAAGGUUCCUUCUACGGGCCCACUACACUGUGCAUCUUGGGCGAGCAGUACUACCGGCUUAAGUACACGGACCGUUUCUGGUUCGAGAACCUCUACCACCCGGGGGCCUUCAGCAAGGAACAAGUCCAGGACAUCGCCAAGGUGACGCUUGCAACUCUCAUCUGCCGCAAUACGGACGUAGAGUACAUACAGCCAAACGUCUUCAAGAUGGCAGGAGCAGGAAACUCAAAGGUCAGCUGCAAGUCCAUCUUGGCAAAGACCGACUACGUCUACGAUCUGUACAAGUAGCCGAAAUAAACAAGCGAGAGAGACAACAAA